UUGCACUUAUUUCUCUCCUUGUUACAGGGUCGCUUAACGUGUGUGCCUAAGUACCAGGGUCUUAGAACAGAUAUUCUAAAUGAGCAGACAUGUACAUUGAGUAAUGACACACUAGCCAUCAAGGAUAGAAAGGAUGAAAAAGGUACAUUGCAGCGAGAAUAAUUUUUAUAGUGUAUUGAAUAUAGUAGUUGAGUUGUUUUUGCCUUUAAGGUACUUACAGUUGAUCUAAAGAUGGACAUGCUGAAAUAAAUGCAAUGUUUGUUAUUUUUUCUGUUGGCGUUAUCUGUAUCAAUUACUAUUAUUUCUUGGUAAAUUUAUUUUACUGCUUUUGCAAAACCAAAAAAUUCCUAUAGUCCUGGAAAAAAUGUUUAUAAUGUUGUCGCUAUUUUUCAGUGAUCCAUUUGUUUGAAACUCAGUCAGGGAAACCAGUAGGAAGUGGACAGCCAAUCCAACAUUCAGUAAGCUUACCUGCGUUUUUACAUUGAAAAUCCUUUAUAAAACCCGCCUUUUCCCCCUCCCCCUCCGGAGUAGCCGAGGAAAACAGGUGACGUUUCCCAACGUCACCGCUGGUUUCUCCGCCAAAUGACGUCUUAGAAUCGAGCACAGAAAUUCCUUACUGACGACGUGUCACUAACCAGAUCUUAUACUUUUUGAAUUUGUAGCUUGAAGUUAUGGAGAUUGCUCUGAGCCAGUGUGGUCCAACAAGUGAUAGACAACUGGCUGUUAUUGAUAAGAACAGAGACCUCUAUCUUACCCCGGUUAAACAUAUUGGCCCUGCAGAAAGGCUUUUCAAACUCGGUUAGUUAAUCAGUUAGCCCUUAUCAAUGUAUAUGCAUGCAGUGGAAUGGUAAUCGUUCAUUUCGCCGCGGUAACUUAGCCUGCUAUUUUCGAGUCAUGUAGCGGUGCGCCUCAAAUGUAAUAUUCCUCGUCCUUUAAGCCAUAAGGCAAAACAAGCGCUCUUCAAAUGUAAUAUUCCUCGUUACUUUUAGCCAUAAACCAAAAUAAGCACGCUUCAAAUGUCUUAUUCCUCGUUCUAGAAUAGGGGGCUAAGCAACCGGGACGAAAUGACUUGGAAGCGAGAUCACUGGUAACCAGUGGAACCUUGAUAUAGCAAACGUCUAUAUAACGAAGUCAUCGGCACUACGAACAAUACUCUACGCUCCAAUUAUAGUAAAAUAUGUGGAAAAGAACCUCGUUAUAGUGAACAUAUUUUCCCAGUUCCUUGGCAUUACAUUAUACUGUACAGUUUUGCGCAAACGCUUGAAAAUUUGCCCCCUGUGAGGCUGUUACGAGCACCCUUUUCUUUCAUUCACUCUGGUGUCUAUUGCAAAAGGAAGGAACCACUGAUUCUUCAAGUACUUUUUUUUUAUUGUUUAUGACGAUAUUUCUCAAAUGUUCAUUAUUGUCUUUGUUCAGGAACAAUGAUAACUACGAUGGCGUGGAACGACAACACCAAUAUGUUGUCAGCGUUUCAGGAUGGUCGAUUUAUUGUCUGGUAUUAUCCUAGCGCGGUGUAUGUGGACCAGGACAUCCUGCCAAAAACACUUCUGGAAAAAGAUUCCAGGUAAAAACGGAAACAAACCCAGAGGGUAGUAAACCCAAGGGGUACAAAAUCCUAGGGGUAACCAAGUUUCAUCUCAAAGAACUGUAACCAAUAAGUUUCUUAAUAUUCCAAUCAGUACGGAGCUUAAGCAAAGACGUUUUUGAGCGAUGCACGUCAACCGGAAGUAAUGCCUUUCCCUUUUUUUCGUCUUGUAAAAUUCAACUUCCGGUUGACAUGCGUCGCUCAAAAACGUCUUUUCUUAAGCUCCGUAGUAUCUUAGGUUGGUUUUGAUUCAAGAAAGGGGAGAAGCACUGGUAACCGCACUCUCUCCAGUUCCCUCUCAAUUUUCCGAAGAACAAGAAGCCCAACAUUGCUGAUCUUAAGUAAAUAUUAUUUAUUUAGGAAUAACUCAUUGUAAUUUUCUGCCUUCGUAGUGAUUUCGGAAAGAACCCACAGCUUGUCAGUUUCUUGGAAAACCACUGCACAAUGAGAAGAGCGGAUGGCUCACUUUGCAGCACCAUGUAAGUAGAAAUUAUCUGUAAUUAUCAGUUAAUCUCUAUGAAAACUGUAAGUGUUUAACCCUUGAAACGCCUGGAGAGCUCUCAAGAACUCGUUCAGAACUUAAUUGUACUUUGCAUAUCGAAUUGAAAUUUUGAAAUUUUGGAUUUUAAGGCAAGGAAACCCGAGCACCGGUGGGAAACCUCUCGGAAGAGAGCCAACAAGAAAAUCAACCAGCGUAUAAACACGGAACCCAGGUUUUGAAUCGGGCCACUUUGGUGCGGCAAGCGAGUGUUCUAGCCGCUGCAUCUCUCUUGCUCCCAUAUGUUUGUUUCUUAGUAAAUUAUAUCACAAAUCUAGCAGGCUUGUGUGAGUUGCUGUUGAAAACCAGUUACACUUGUACAUGUAUUCUCUGAUGACCUCUUUCUACAGAAUCUCACCAUACCCUUCAAUGCUUCACAAGUAUGCCAGCGGAUCUAAAUGGCAAGAUGCCAUUCGACUGUGUAGAUUUGUAAAGGUAACAGCUUAUUCCCUACUCAUCGUUCUGUUGAUGUAGUUACUAGCACUUCCGUAGCAUGCACAGAUAGCACUUCUUUACGAUCUUAGGUUAGAACUAAAAAUGACUGAGGACUGGUGGGAAGGGCCUUCUUUUUCUCUACUCUCACUUUCCCCACCUAUUAUUAUUUUUCUUUGUAAUUGCCCACGUCCUUAACUGUCUCUUUCUGUUGGCGUGUAUUAAAGCUCACCGUAGCUGGACUUGCUGUGGUAUUUUUGUUUUAUUUUUUUGCCCUCAGGAUCCAGUUUUGUGGGCUUGUCUUGCUACUAUGGCUGCUUAUGCGAAGGAUCUUAACACGGCAGAGACGGCAUAUGCUGCUAUCGAUGAAGUAUGUAUUGUCAUUUAACUCUUUAUUUAUACAACCAUCUUUCAAUUAACCUUCGUAGAAGAGAACCCCGUCCGACGAGCACAGCGGAGAAAAUGGCCCCUAAAAGUAUAGACUUUUUGAGCAAAUUCAUCGCUUCUUCACGCGCAGUUUCUCAGCACUUUCGUUUUCAUCACUGCUCACGAGCUAAAAGAGAUUUGACUGUUUUCAUUUGCCUUGUUCUAUAGGCAGAUAAAGUCCAGUACAUCAAUCACAUCAAAGAAAUACCAACGAAAGAAGGAAGAAAUGCCGCCAUGGCGUUAUUUUGUCGGCAGCCGCAGGAGGCAGAGACUAUUCUUCUCCAAGCUGGACUCGUGUACAGAGCAAUACAGAUGAAUAUUGAUCUCUUCAAUUGGGACAGGUAUUUAAGGCGCGGAAGUUGAAGCGAGAGCAAAAAUUGGAAGAAGGGGGAGGGGAAAGGGAAAACUGGAAAUAUGAAAUCCUCUCCCCCUCCCCCUUCUUUCUUCUUUUUUGUCUCUCGUUCCAACUUUCUCGACUAGACUACGAGUAGUCCCCCAUUUUUCCUCAGAGACGCUCUACUAUCCCUGAGGAAAAAUGGGGGACUACUCGUAGUCUAUUCUCGACCAACUCGCUCGGAAAUGUUACUACGCAGGCUAAAGAUUCAAGAUUAUACAAACGAGCAUUCUUGUUUCAGACGAAAACGCAACUCUAUCUCAAGAUUGGAGGCUACCAGUUUUGUGAAUCCUAAAUCUAAUCUUAUUAACAUGAAACGAACUAAAGUCGUGUUUCUUUCAGGGCUCUUGAACUUGCUGUGAAACACAAGACACACGUGGAUACAGUACUGGCGUACAGACAAAAAUACCUGGAAAACUUUGAUAGAGCAGAAAAAAGCAAACGAUUCCUUCAAUAUGCACAAGGGGUAAGAUGAGUUUGAAGAAAUCUUCAGUCGUAUUUGUGUUAACUGGAGUCGUAGCCUGCGAGAGCAGCUGCCUAUUUCCGCUUUUGUUUCCCACGCGGUGUAAAGCAAAAGCCGAAAUGGCGUCUGCUCUUGCAGGCUACUGGAGUGGAGAAGGUAAUAAGAGGUAAAAAUCGUAGCUUUCUGAGCGCGUAUUCUUCGAAAGAGCGAAUCAUGGAGGUGUGUUUCUUUUGGUUUAUACACCCAACAAUGGAGCUAUGAUAUUGGUGGAAACGUGGUACUAGUAUUGGUACUAACGUGAAAAACGAUUAAAAUUAAUUGAAUGGAAAGCGUUUGUUGACUCGUGGGGUAAGAAUGACGUAAGUUCUGAAUUCACAUGGCUUUCCAUCUUGCCACGAUGUUGGAAAAGGGAGCAGAUUGUCAUGAAACCAAUUAAUCGCUCUAGUGGUCUAGCCUUCUGUUCUUCAGACAGCGUUAGAAUUCCCAAAUACGCAGCGUACUUAAUUCUACAAUAGGGACUUCAAAUGUUGUUGAGUGUUGUGGAUGUAAGUGAUUAAACAGGAAAUAAACGCAUGUGCUCGCUUUAGAAUGAACGAGACGUCCACGGAUGCACGAGUCGUUAUCGACUGGCUUAUGACGAAUUUCGAGAUUUUGCUGCAGUCGCUUUUCAGCCUGAGUUGAGUUUGUGGAAAAUGUGUCAAUGUUGAAAACCUUCUAAUUAUUUACGUUUUUCUGUUGUAUUGCACAGGUUGAAGUUGACUGGGAGAAAAUCAAUGCCAAGAUCGAUAUGGAGCUUCAGAAAGAAGCUGCGCGACCAGGUGCCAAACCCUAUAAUGGCUGA